AAUAUAAAAAAAAAAAAAAAAACAGGUGCCUGAGUGAGUAAAGCGCGAGCGCGAGCGCGGAUAAGCAAAAAAGCAAAAAAGUAAAUAAUAUUGAAAGUGAAGGGAGUGAGUUUGUUGAACAGAAUUGUUCCAAACACAAGGGAGUGUGUUCGUUCCACGUUCCACGCGUUUCUCAGUAGAGUACACACAGAGCAAGACAGAGUAAGACAGAGAAGCGGCGUGACGUCAUUGCAAUUUCGUUCCUUACCCCGCUACAAGUUCAUCCGAGUUUGUCUUCCUACCGAUGAGUUGAGUUUUGAAAACAAGGAACUUGAAAGAACUCGCAAGUGCUCGCAAGAGACAAGAGACUUGCAGAGAAUUUAGACUACAGCCACAUAUCAAUUGUCGCCGCAGUCGUUUUAUAAUUAAAAUAAACAUAUAUAUAUUAUAUUAUAUUAAGUUAAGUGUUUUUAUCGAGGAUUUAAAUUACUGAUUACUGAUUGCCAGUUAAAAAUAAAUAAUCAGUAUAUAAUAAAGCGUGUCGUUAAUGUAAACGCGAUAUUGAGUUUUAUUAUAUCGGUCUCUCUCCUCAUUUUAGUCGUUUGUUGGCAUUACAUUAAAUUGGUUCGUGUGUCUGUCCCCAUCACCAUCACCAUCACCAUCACUAUUGCCAUCAACAUCAGCAUCACCCACCGCCGUAAGUUCCUGUAAGCCGUAAGUGUGUAAGUGUCUGUCGGUCGUCUUCAUUGAUGUGUGUUGUGUAUGAUAACUUACAACAACCGGUAUCAGAAAAACAAAAGUUAUUAUUCUUGUUUUAAAUACUGUCUUCAUUUUGGACACUCGUAUGUCAAUACAAUAAAUAUAAAUAAACAACAUCAACAUCAACAACAACAACAACAACAACAACAAUGGAUACCCAUCUGCGUGAGCAGGUAAUGAUAAAUCAAUUUGUGCUGGCCGCUGGAUGUGCAAGAGAACAAGCCAAACAAUUGCUCCAAGCUGCUCAUUGGCAAUUCGAGACUGCGCUGAGUAUAUUUUUUCAAGAAGCGGCAAUACCAUCCUGUCCACAAGGACGUAGUACGCAUUUAGGUCAGAUAACACCUUGCAAUACCCCAGCGACACCGCCGAAUUUUCCAGACGCAUUGCUAGCCUUUCAAAAAAUGUCUGCAGGCGACAAGACGCCCUCCGGAAUGUCUCCAAAGCAGAAUGGACAGCAGACAACGUCUCCAAUGCCACACCAUGGAAUUCGGUGUAGUGUAUCUGGGACUCAGCAGCAGACGCAAAACCAGCAGCAAUUUGGAUUUGGCGAGCCACAGAGAUAAAACAGACUUUAAAUUGUUUUCCGUAUAAACAAACGCUACUAAUGCGGAUAGCGCUUUUUAUUUUUCAAUGAGGCUUAUAUUAUUGUUAAUAAGCCAGACAAGACAAGUCGUAAUAUACCUCCUAUUCCUCCUAUAGGAAAUUUAUCUUGAGUUUUCAAGAUUUAUCAACCGUUUGAGGAAUCUUUAUUAUUAUUAUUAUUAUUAUUAUUAUUAUUAUUAUUAUUAUUAUUAUUAUUAUUAUUAUUAUUAUUAUUAUUAUUAUUGUUUCCUUUAAUUUAUUGGACGAAAAAGAAAAAAAAAUUUCAAACUAGUUUAAAUAUAAAUCAACGCGAGAUUAUUGUAUUGAGAUAUAAACCAAUAAGUUACAAGAAGAUUAAAUGUAUUUCGGAUACAAUUAUUGAAUUACAUUUGUAAUAUUUAAAGACAUCAUCAUCAUCAUCAUCAUCAUCAUCAUCUUCUUCUUCUUCAUGAGUUACUGGGAAUGAGUAUUUUUAACAUACUCUCACACACACAUAAACAGUAAAAGAUAAAUUAGUAGUUUUUAAGUAGAUAGUAUAAGACUUAUAGCGAUAUCACUAGUAAUAAUUAUUAAGUAAAUUAAUAAUGAAUCGUGAUUAAAAGAAAAAGAUGAGUUGACUUGAUGAUUAGUUCGAGUCAUGAUAACUCGUACGAUAAUUAUGAAAUGUCAUGUUUGUUUUGAUGUGAUUUAAGAAGCUCCCUGACUUAUAAGGUACAAAAGAAAAAAAAAACGAAAGAAAAAAAUCGUUAUUGUUUCAACGUUAUUCACUGAUUUUAUAAUAUUAAAAAUAAUAAUAAUAAUAA